AUGGCUCUCAGGCGUUGUCCGGAUAGUUUCUUUGGUGCUAGUUGGGAAUCAUGGCUCUUAUCAAUCGAGGGAGGGGACGUUGUCGUUGUCGAAACGUUAUUCCAGGCACUUUGGGCAGUGAUGUUGUUGUCACAGCUUCCCUUGAACAUCAAAAUCAUCGGCAAGAGUGAUCGGUUCCCGAAAUACCGGGAUCCUGAGGAUGUGUACAUAUGA